AUGUCUAUUAAGCUGUGUGAUGUAAUUAACUUGAUGGAUCGUGGUCUUGUCUUCGAUCGAAAUUCUAAAAAUUAUACGUUUAUUGGAAGUCAUACCAAUAUUUAUUGUCCUGAUGAUAAUUGUGAUAAUGAUGACAAAAAAAUUAGUUCUGCUUUUAUAGCAUUUCUAGAUUUCUUUAAUGGUACUGGUAUUGAUGAGAAUUUAGAUAGUGAUAAAAUUGCUGAAUACGCUAUUUUAUGGUUAGGUCACAAACUGAAUCAAAAAACACAAAAUGGAACCAAUAAAUUAAACGAGUUUUAUACUAAUCAUGUAGUAACAAAUAGUCAUUAUAAUAAGGAAAUAAAUGAUGAUAGUAAGGUUAAAAAGGAUGUUAUAUAUAAAAAAAUAGAAUCGAUGAAUAUUGGUAUUAAAGAUAUAUCUAAUUUUUAUGAAGUAUUUAAAUUAUUAUGUAAGAUGGGUGAUGAACUUAAUAAAAACAAAGGUCAAUGCAAUAAAUGUUUAGAAAAUGCUGGAGAAUUUUAUAAAAAAUAUGAAAAACUUAAAAAUGCUUUAGAUAUUAAUAAAGGAACUUCUUAUUUUCAACUAUGGUUAAGUUUAUCAAAAGAUUAUGACAAAUUUAAAGAGAGAUAUAAAACUAUUGUAUGUAAUGAUAUCAAAUUCUUUGAAACUUGUUCACGAAGUUCAGUGACAGAAAGUCCAGUGACAAAUUGUCCAGUGACAAAUUGUCCAGUCAAAGAAUGUCCAGUCAAAGAAUGUCCAGUCAAAGAAUGUCCAGUGACAGAAAGUCCAGUGACAAAAAAUACACUAAUUACAAUUGCAAUUAUAUUUGUUGCAGCAUCAAUUUUAUUGGGAGUUUCCUAUAAGUAUUCGUUAUUUGGAUUUCGGAAACGAUCUCAAAAACAACAUUUAAGAGAAAAGCUAAAAAAAUAA